AGCAGCAGCGGCCGCGAGGGCUCCGCGGGGCAGCUCCCGGGGCAGCUCCCGGUGUCGGUGCCGGUGCCCAUGGCCGGGGAGAUGCCGGGGGAGCCCCGCACGCUGCGGCUGCAGCACGGGAACCGCAUCGAGGCCCUGUGCGUGCUGGGCGGCCACAUCCGCGCCGACGUCUUCGGGGCGGCCCCCGCCGGGGCCGUGGCCUUUGGCGUGAAGCACACGGAGGGGGUCAGCGUGGAUGUGCUGUUCCGCGGCCGCGCCGAGCCCGAGGUCGUGUCCGGCGCUGGCGCGCGGUGGCCGCUGGACGAGGGGACGGUGCUGAGGUUCAGCAUGAGCCGGGCCAGCUCCGAGGUCAAUGACAACAAGGUCACCGUCAGCUUUUACGCAGAGGGAGGGAAGCCCAUCAACCAAGCCGGAGUGUUCCUCACUGGUGUCGGGAUCUCCCUGGACGUGGACGCGGAUCGGGAUGGAGUGGUGGAAAAGAACAGCCCCAAUAAGGCGAGCUGGGCCUGGGGACCAGAGGGACACGGGGCCAUCCUGCUGGUCAGCUGUGACAAGGAGUUCCCCUUCAUCCCGCCCUCCGACUGCGACAGCGAGCAAGUGUUCAACAGGGAAGAUUUGCUGGACAUGGCUCAGAUGGUGCUGAGGACAGAGGGGCCCCAGCGCCUGCCCCGGGGCUAUGAAAUCGUCCUCUCCAUUUCUGUCAGUGACGCCGACAAAGUUGGGGUCUUCCAUGUGCAGAAUCCCUUCUUCGGACAGCGCUAUGUGCAGGUGCUGGGCUGCAGGAAGCUGUUCCAUGCCGUGCCCUACCCCGGUGGGGCCGCCGAGCUCCACUUCUUCGUGGAGGGGCUGUGCUUUCCCAAUGAGACCUUCUCCGGGCUGGUAUCCAUCCACGUCAGCCUCCUGGAGCCACUGGCUGAGGGCAUCCCCCACUCACCGAUCUUCACGGACACCGUGGUGUUCCGGGUGGCACCGUGGAUCAUGACCCCCAACACCCUGGCCCCGGUGAACCUCUUGGUGUGCAGCAUGAAGGACAACUACCUGUUCACCAAGGAGAUCCAGAGCCUGGUGGCCAAGGCCGGCUGCAAGCUGAAGGUUUGCUUCGGCUACAUCAACCGUGGAGACCGCUGGAUGCAGGAUGAGAUCAAGCUCGGCUACACCCAGGCUCCCCACAAGAGCUUCCCAGUGGUGCUGGAUUCCCCUCGGGAGAGAGGGAUGGAGCAACUCCCUGUCAAGGAGCUGCUGGGCCCCAAUUUUGGCUACGUGCACAAGGAGCCCCUCUUCGAGGCCGCGGCCAGCCUGGACUCCUUUGGGAACGUGGAGGUCAGCCCGCCUGUGUCCGUGGCUGGCAAGGAGUAUCCCUUGGGAAGGAUCCUGAUCGGCAGCAGCUUCCCCACAUCCGCGGGCCGCAGGAUGACCAGGCUGGUGCGGGAUUUCCUCUACGCCCAGCGCGUCCAGGCCCCCGUGGAGCUCUACUCUGACUGGCUGGCCGUGGGCAACAUCAAUGAGUUUGUCAACUUUGUCCCAACCUCUGACAAAAAGCGAUUCCGGAUGCUGCUGGCCAGCCCGGCCGCCUGCUACCGGCUCUUCCGUGAGAAGCAGAAGGAGGGUCAGGGAGAAGCCACCAUGUUCAAAGGGUACUCGGGGACAGAUACCAAGCGCGUCACCAUCAACAAGGUGCUGUCCAACGACGUUCUGGCGCAGCAGAACCAGUACGUGCAGCGCUGCAUCGACUGGAACAGGGAUAUCCUCAAGAAGGAGCUGGGCUUGCUGGAGGAGGACAUCAUCGACCUGCCGGCCCUCUUCAAGCUGGACAAGCAGGGAAAAGCCGUUCCCUACUUCCCCAACACGAUCACCAUGAUCGUGCUGGCCAGGGACCUGGGCAUCCCCAAGCCGUUUGGCCCGGUGGCAGGUGGCGAGUGCUGCUUGGAGCGGCGGAUCCGAGCGCUGCUGGAGCCGCUGGGGCUGUGCUGCCGCUUCCUGGAGGACGUGGCCUCCUACCACGGCAGCCUCGGCGAGGUGCGCUGUGGCACCAACGUCCAGCGCCGGCCCUUUGCCUUCCAGUGGUGGCACUUCACACCAUAGCCAGGCCUCUUCUUCAUCCUCUUCCUCCUCUUCCUCCUCCUCCCUCCACCUUUGCCCCCAGCGUGUGUUGCUUGUGAUUCCCUUAAUAAAUGAAUUUGC